GAUAAUGAGCUACAUAUUUUAUUAGAGGCCACGUUGGAGGCGUCAUCACAAAUAAUGUGAUAUAGAAAAUUGCGAUAUUGACCUCCAAUAGUGCUAGAUAUGUAUGUAGUAGAAACUGGUUAUCAUUUGAGUAAUUGGUCCUAUCUGCUGAUAAGAAAAUGCGUCAACUAACAAUUAAAUAAAUAUUUCACCAAAUUGUUGUCGAAUUCAUGCACUAGGCGCACCGCAGUUUACAAUAUAUAACAUUAUACAUACAUACGUACACUGAUUUAAGAUUCGCGCACUCGAAAGUGUUGUCAUUUCUCUUUAAUUUUAUGGUUCAUGAGAAAUAACUGAUCACCAUUUGGCAAAUAGUGCUACAGAAGGAUUGGCAAACGUUUCACGUUCUUGUCAUGUUGGACUAACAGCUGGAAAACUGUGGCCUUUGUGGUUUGGUGAAUUUUUCGAAACGUGACCGACAGAAAUACAUUCAUGCGCGUGAUUCGAUAAGUUUGUUUAGGGGAACGAAUUUCUGAUAACCGGAAACGAAUAAAUUGUCUGUCAAAGUUAUCACUGUCACAAACACUGUUUUAUUUCGAAAUAUAAAUGAAACGAUACUCGCAAAUCUUUUACAACCAUAGGAAAAAUCGUGCAAUAACUGUUCUUUAAACAGAGCAACUUUGUUCUUCGUCGGACAACGAACAUAUUAGUAGAAAAUUAUCAUCAUGAAUGCUGUAGUGACAUUUACUUUAAUAUUUAUUGUUUUACUUAAUGCCAGAUAUGGAUUGUUGAUAUCGCAACAUCCAAAACUAUUGGUGGUAUCUUACGAUGCUUUCAGAUAUGACUACUUCAAUAAGAAUCUGACACCUUUCAUGAAGAAAUUGAAACAUGAAAGCACCUAUGCAGAUUAUAUAAUGAAUAUCUUUGUCACAAAAACUUUUCCCAAUCAUCACAGCAUGGCCACAGGAUUAUAUGCAGAAACACAUGGUGUAGUAGACAGCGUGUUCUAUGACCCUGUUUCUGGGAACACUACCAAAUACUCUUACAAUUUAUAUCAUUAUAACAACCGAGUGCUUCCUAUAUGGACUGUUAACGAGAAGGCAGGAGCACAAAGGAGAAGUGGCACAAUGAUGUGGCCUGGUGGAAUUUAUGAAUAUCAAGGAAUCUCACCCACAUUUGCGCAUAAUUUCAACGAGACUACACCUUGGGAAGAGAGAAUAGACACUUUGUUAUCAUGGUUCAUUCAUCCCAAUCGUCCAAUAAACUUUGGUAUAUUGUAUAUCGAAGAACCAGAUUUCCAUGGUCAUAUCUAUGGGAUAAAUGGUCCUGUGUUUGACAACAUUCUGAGGAAAUUAGACAACAUAACAAAGUAUUUGCAUCAUAAAAUAGAACAACAUGGUUUGCAUGAUUUAAACGUUGUUCAUUUAAGCGAUCAUGGUAUGGCAGCUGUUAAGUUGGACAGGAUAAUAGAUCUAACAAAGUAUAUAAACAGUUCUGACUAUAAAUUCGUGGGUACUUCGCCGGGUUUACACAUUUUUCCUAAUCCUGGUAAAGCAGAUGCUAUUUAUCAAGCAUUGAAAGAAGCUGCAGAAAAAACAAUGACGUUCAAGGUCUAUAAGAGAGAAGAGAUUCCUCAAAAGUACCAUUACGGAAACAAUACUCGUGUUGGUCCGAUUUUUGUUAUUGCAGAAGUGGGAUAUGCGUUCCAGAAUCUACUCGAAACCAUAGAUUAUUAUAAGAAGACGUACAAUAUUACAGUAAACAGUGAGUCAGAGUUUGGUUUGCAUGGCUACGACAACGCGGCGCGAGAAAUGCAUCCAUUCUUCUUCGCAAAAGGUCCUGCAUUUAUGCCUAAGUGCAAACUGAAACCUUUUAACAAUAUAGAUCUAUUCCCUCUAUUUUGUAAGAUACUCGAUGUAGAGUGCCCUGCGGUAAAUGGUACUUUAUCACAUAUGACUAAGUGCCUUAAGAAGCAUCAAGAGGAUGUAACAGUAAUUGCUUACAGAAUGAUAACCAUAGCUACUACUAUCUCGAUGACGUUGGUGGGAAUCAUAGCAGCGAUAGUAAUGUUUUAUAUAAAGAAACGUCGAUUGGGUACAAGGAGUUACGGGACAUAUUAUCCAGUGGUUGGAUAAUAUGUGAAAUAUAAGAGGCUGUAGAUGAAAUCUAUAUACAUAUUUCGUAUUACACAUAUGAUAGUUAAAUCGAAUGGAUUCAAAAACGAAUUUUAAAAAAGCUGAUAUACUAUGAAAUAGUAUCACUACCAAAGAAUAAAUAAAGGCAAUUUCGAUUUUAUUUCCAACAGAUACAGUCUUAUUUUUCCAAACUAAAAGAUAGCAAUAUAUUCAAGAAUCGAGUCUUGUUUUUUAAAUAAACAAUAAAUUAUGUACUAACCCGCUAGUCGUAAUAAUCAAAGAUAAACUUUCAAAACUCUUAUAGAAGAGUGUACGAUUUUGUGCUAAUUUUCAUUAGGAAGUUAUUGAUAGCUAUCUAAGUAAAAUAUACAGGCACGUUCUGAAUCAAUCAAUUAUACAUUGAACUAAAAGUAAUGUCUUUUAACUAGAACAAAAUAAAGAAAUUUCUCAUUUA